GGAGUUGAUGUAACACCAGUAAACCGGAAGUACUUGGAUCUGCUAAAACGAUCGUUUUCGUUAGCAGAAUUAUUUCUAUUUUCUAAUUUAAAAAACAUGUUAUUGAUCUCGAAUAAGAAUAUUACAUAAACUUUAACAUGUCCAUGUCUCACCUGUACGGGCGGAGGGAGGAGGAGGAGGAAGGUGUGGAGAUAGAGAGCUUUGAGGUUACAGACUGGGAUCUGGCCAAUGAGUUCAACCCGGAGCGUCGCAGGUUCAGGCAGACCAAGGAGCAGGCCACCUAUGGGAUCUGGGCAGACAGGGAUUCAGAUGAGGAUGAGAGACCUAGCUUCGGUGGCAAAAGGUCUAAAGACUACACUACUCCAGUGAGCUUUGUGAGUGCUGGUGUGCGUAAGACUGCAGCUGAGGAGAAACAGCAGCAACAAGAAGGAGGUUCUGAUGACUCUGAUGACGAUUCCCCUCCAGCUCCUCCUCCUCCUCCACGAGCGACGGCUCCCAAGAAACUUCAGAUGGGUACUUUCGGUGGGAAUCAGUCCCAGAGGUUUGCAGGUGGCAUACAGUCUGGUAAAGGGAUUGGAAACUGGGAGAAGCACACCAAGGGAAUUGGACAGAAACUUCUGCAGAAAAUGGGUUACCAGCCAGGAAAAGGUUUGGGCAAGAACGCUCAAGGUAUCGUGAAUCCCAUUGAGGCCAAAGUUCGUAAGGGAAAAGGAGCAGUCGGUGCUUAUGGCAAUGAGCGAACUCAGCAGAGUCUUCAGGACUUCCCUGUGGUUGACUCUGAGGAAGAGGAGGAAAAGGAAUUUAAGAAAGAGUUAGGCCAGUGGCGUAAGGAUCCGACUGGGACUGCAGGAAAGAAAAAACCAAAGUACUCCUACAAAACUGCAGAUGAGCUAAAAGCCAAAGGUAAAAUAGCUUAUCGGGGCACACCGGCAUCUGCAGGAGAGCUGGCACAAGUCAAGGUCAUAGAUAUGACUGGCAGAGAGCAGAAGGUUUACUACAGCUACAGCCAGAUAUCCAACAAACACAGCGUUCCAGAUGAAGCCCCACCAAGCCUGUCCACCCGCGAUCAGAAAGGAUCUGGCUUUGCUCUCCCUGAGCUCGAGCACAACCUGCAGCUUCUGAUAGACCUCACAGAGCAGGACAUCUUACAGUCCGCCAGGCGUUUGCAGCAUGAAAAAGACGUGGUUGUUUCUCUGAGCCACGAAUCUCGAGCCUUGCAGAGCCGACUGGACACCGAGCAGGAUGCCAUUAAAAGAAUGGAGACAGUGUUGGCCUUGGUGGAGCGAUUUCCUACGGAGGAGACGGCGCCGGGCGAGGGGCCAACCCUUCAGGAGUGUGCCCGCAUGUUUGAGACCCUGCAGACUGAUUAUUAUGAAGAGUACAAGACAAUGGGGCUGGGGGACCUGGCUGUCGCUGUUGUACACCCGUUACUCAAAGAGAAACUCUCCUCCUGGGACCCUCUCAAGGACAGCUCAUAUUGUCUGGAAGAUAUUGGUCAGUGGAGAGCAAUCCUCGAGUCCCAAGACAUGCACUCCAGCGGUCCACAUUCAAACAUGGAUCCAUAUCACAGACUGUUGUGGGAGGUGUGGAUCCCAGUGAUGCGCUCCUGUGUGUCCAACUGGCAGCCUCGACUAGUUGGGCCAAUGGUGGACUGUUUGGAUUUGUGGGCCCCUCUUCUCCCCCCGUGGAUCCUGGAUCAGCUGCUGGAGCAGAUGAUCUUACCCCGACUGCAGCGAGAGGUGGAUAACUGGAACCCUUUGACCGACACCGUCCCCAUUCACUCCUGGAUCCACCCGUGGCUGCCUCUGCUCAAAGCCCGCCUGGAGCCUCUUUACCCGCCAAUCAGGAGCAAACUGUCCAACGCUUUGCAACGGUGGCAUCCAAGUGACGCCUCAGCCCGCCUCAUCCUGCAGCCGUGGAAGAAUGUGUUCACAGCAGGAGCAUGGGAGGCCUUCAUGGUGAAAAACAUCAUCCCUAAACUAGCCUUGUGUCUGGAAGAGCUGGUUAUCAACCCUCACCAGCAGCAGAUGGAGCCAUUUCACUGGGUGAUGGACUGGGAAGGCAUGCUGUCCCCCUCCAGCCUGGUCUCGCUUUUGGAUAAAAACUUUUUCCCCAAAUGGUUGCAGGUGCUGUGUUCGUGGCUGAGCAACAGUCCAAACUAUGAGGAAAUUACUAAGUGGUACCUCGGCUGGAAAAGCAUGUUCAGCGACGUCUUGUUGGCGCAGCCGCUCAUUAAAGAGAAAUUCAACGAAGCUUUGGACAUCAUGAACAGAGCAGUGUCUUCGGGGGGAUACAUGCAACCAGGAGCAAGAGAGAACAUUGCAUAUCUCACACAGACAGAAAGACGGAAGGACUUCCAGUACGAAGCACUGCAGGAGCGCAGGGAUGCUGAGAGUGUGGCUCACAGAGGCAUCAGUACUGGUGUGCCAACAAACUUUAAAGAUCUCAUUCAGACCAAAGCAGAGGAGAACAACAUCGUCUUCAUGCCCUUAGUGGGCAAACGGCACGAGGGGAAGCAGCUCUACACAUUUGGACGUAUUGUGAUCUACAUAGACAGGGGGGUUGUGUUCGUGCAGGGGGAGAAGACUUGGGUUCCCACGUCUUUGCAGAGUCUCAUAGAUAUGGCAAAGUGAACUUUGCCAUAUCUAUGAGAAGCAUUUGGUUUGUUGUUUAUAAAACAAUUUAAAAAGUAAAGCAACUUUUUCAUGUAACUUUAGCACAGUGGUCAUUUGUCAUGUCUAUAAAUUUUUAAAAAUGUCAGAUUGAAUAAAAAUAAUUACCAUUCAUAGACUGCUUUCCACAAAUAAAA